UGCGAAUAAAUUAUUCGCAGAUUACUAUAAAUCGCAAGUUUUUUUUUGAUUGUUCACCGCCAUUUACCCAUUCUUACUUUGCCUAUCGGUCAUGAUGAUUGCAUCACUGCGCACAGUCACUCGCCGACUGCAGUUUUUACUCGACACUCUAAAUUCCAGACUGUUCCCUCCUCCAGGGAAUCAGUUAACCUUCGGUCUGGACGUGGUUCCACCUGCAGCACUCAGUGUUAAAACAGCACCGCUGAUGUCAAACUCCACAUUUCUGGAAUCUUUGAAAGAUGGAUUUGUUUGGGGUGUACCAAAACACCGCGUUACCAAGCAGACACGACAUCGACGUUGGUUUUCACACAACCAUAUAAAGUACUGGUUGCCCCGAAAAGAUAUCCUAACAUGCUUGCACUGCGGACAUCCCUAUGAGGCUGACACUAUAUGUGGAAAUUGUUAUGGAAACGUUCGAAAAGAAACUCAAGCGAUUCAAAAGGCGAUGAAUAUCGAAGAGCGCAUCCCUCACAGUCAAGAAGUAAUUGUGCUUUAUGAAGGCGAAGUUGCGGAUCCAGAAAAGGCCAAGGGUUUGAAGCCGGCACAUGUGCCACAAAAGAGACCACACUGGUUCAGCUCCAGUUUGCUGACGAAAGUAAUAGAGGGCAAAUCUUGAAUUUGCGGUGUUUUAAAAGAUCGCUACGUGCUUUGGUGUCUACGAGUACUGUAGUGUUUUCUAUCUUGAAAAAAUGUUUUCUCGCAAGAUUUCAUCGAUGUACUAACUCGCCUCACUUGUCACCAUUGUGAAAACUUGUUGAUUGAAGAAUGUUGCGAGGGAGUUAUGUUCGCAUACUUGAGUCUUGAAUAAAUAUCU